AUGGAGACGUACCACGGUUACGUGCGUACGCCCAGCGAUGCCAUCAAACUCUUUGAGGCAUGUCGGCUGGGUCUACUACCCAGAGUGCAAAGGCGACUGUCCGAAAAGGAGAGACAGUCCAUUCGUUCUGGCUCUGUCUUCGUCUGGGAUGAGAGGGAAGCGGGAAUGAGAAGGUGGACAGAUGGGAAAUCGUGGAGCGCCAGUCGUGUCUCUGGCAGCUUCUUGACGUAUCGUGAGAUGGAAGGCAAGCGAGGGGGCGGAUUCGGGAGUGGACGACGAGGUGCCGGCAAAACGCCAGACUCUGGCCGUGGCAGUGACGAGGACCACGACGAUGGCGAACCAGAGGGCUACCGAUACAAAGCUGAUGGCUUGAUGAAGCAGUCAUUCAGUAUCACAACGUCAACUGGUCAACAUCUCCACCUAAUUUCAUACUACUCCCGCCCUCAACCGGGACAGCCAGAACUGCCUCAGCCCAGCUCCGAUCCGUCUCUCCGGGGAAUUGCUCCGCCCAAGGGGAUGUACCCUGAAUCUAGCAUGGGCGAGACGAACCAGACUCCUGCUCUCACUCGAGCACCGAUGCAACAACCGUACAUGAUUGCACCUCAUCAUCCUCAUGCCCACCAGCAAGGUUAUGCCCAAUACCCCCAACCCGGCUACGGUUGGCCACCGUCACCAGCGGCAACUCCUCCAUAUACCCAUUACGCACCAGUUCCAUAUCCUCCUGGUGCUCACCCUCAUGCGCUUCCCCCCCCUCAUGUCGCCCAUGCUCCUCCGCCUCACCACCUCGGGUACACUCCAUCUCAUUACACUCACGCACCGCCGCCUCCAAGUUACGACCGACCUUCAUUACCGCCGCUGCAGCAGUCCAAACCACCUUCGAUGCCGGCGUAUCAACGUGGCCCGUCACCACCAAGACUCCAGGACUCCCCCGGGCACAAAGAGCGACAGGGAUCACAUGGACCGCUACCGGCACUCAACUCGGUUGCCGCUCCAGUGCCACACCCAGCAAUGACACCACCUACACGAAAUCACAGUGUGAGCCCGCCAAGAAGCUCUCACGACAACGGCUUAACCAACGGUGGGCAUAGAUCUAACCUAUCAGCGUUACUCCAUCCUACCAGUGACUCUCCUAGCAGCAAACCUGGCAGUAAUGGCUCCGGCAAUAGCAGCCCCAGGACAAACGGAGCUGUGCUUGAGAAAUGUGGUGUCAGCGAGGAUGCCAGAGCACUGAGAAUGCUGGACAGGAAAUUCUGCAUAUAA